AUGGGAAUUUCCUUUUCCUGCCCAUUUGCUGAGCACACCGAUUUGGAAAGUGGGUUAGAAUCAAUAAUUGUAAAGUCCAUCAGCUUUGGGGAUGAUGAAGUGAAAACUCCAGUUAGAUCAGUCAGUUUCAAAAGUGGUGAUACAGAACCCACAAUAAUGAAAUCUUUAGGCUCUGGAAAGAUGACACUAGAAACUUCUGUUAGCUUUAAAGGGAACGAGUUAGAGAAAAUGGUACGGGUUAAGGUUCCUUCAUUAGAAGAGAGCAUGAGCACCGCUUCACUCAGUCCCCUUAUCAAAGAAAUGAACAUUGCACCAAUCAGCCCCAUCAGCAAAGAGAUGAACAUUCAAUCCCCAAGAUCAGAUAGUUCGCCGGGGAUUAUCCAACCCUUGCAAUUUCCACAUCCCGCCAGCCCCAAACACAUGGCCGCAAUUAAAUUGCAAAAAGUAUACAAAAGCUUCCGAACCAGACGAAAGCUAGCAGAUUGUGCAGUUCUUGUUGAACAGAGCUGGUGGAAGCUUUUAGAUUUCGCUGAGCUCAAGCGGAGUUCUAUAUCAUUCUUUGAAAUUGAGAAACAUGAAACUGCCAUCUCACGUUGGUCUAGAGCAAGGACCAGAGCUGCGAAGGUUGGGAAAGGCCUAUCAAAGAAUGAAAAAGCACAAAAACUUGCUCUGCAGCACUGGCUUGAAGCAAUUGACCCAAGGCAUCGGUAUGGACAUAAUCUACACUUUUAUUACAUUAAAUGGCUCCAUUGUCAGAGUAGAGAACCCUUCUUCUACUGGCUAGAUAUAGGAGAAGGGAAGGAAGUAAAUCUUGUUGAAAAAUGCCCUCGAUCAAAACUUCAACAGCAGUGUAUCAAGUAUCUAGGACCGAAGGAAAGAAAGGCCUACGAAGUUGUUGUGGAGGAUGGAAAAUUCUUCUAUAAGCAAUCAGGGCAGGUCCUCCAUACAACUGAAGAAUUCAAUGAUUCCAAAUGGAUUUUUGUCCUUAGUGCUUCUAGAACCUUAUAUGUUGGCAAGAAAAAGAAGGGGACAUUUCAGCAUUCAAGUUUUUUGGCUGGAGGAGCCACAUCUGCUGCUGGGAGAUUAGUUGUUGAACAUGGCAUCAUUAAGGCAGUUUGGCCUCACAGUGGGCAUUAUCGCCCUACAGAAGAAAAUUUCAGAGACUUUGUCUCAUUCCUCGAAGAGAGCAAGGUGGAUCUCACAGAUGUUAAGUUAAGUCCGAUUGAGGAGGAAGAGGAAGGUUCACUUAGCAAGAAAAGAAGCAGUGCUCAUAUUAGAUGCAACUCAUCUGAAGGAGACUUCAUCGAAAGUGUAUGUGAGUUAAAGACCAAAGAAACCAUUGUUGAAGACUUGACUCGCGAGGAGACUGAUUCAAUGGUACAAGCUGCUGCUGCAAUGGAUUCUCAUAUGUCAAGCCGGCUCUGCAGUGUUAGUAGAAAAUUGUCUAAUCUGGCCAUACCAAACCGGGAAAGAUUUUUUGAGACGAGUGAAACUCAACCUGCUGCUUCAAGUUGCAGUAGUAUACCUGUAGGAUCUCCAGUGGAUGCUUAUGAAACAGCAGAAGAAAAUCUCUCAUCAGAACAAGAUUACAUGAUUCCAAAGAAGAACUUGUUUGAAGAAAACCAUGAAGAGACUGAGGAAGAAGACAUUCCUCAAGAAUCAAUUCUCAAGAGGAUUAACUCACACAAAGGAAUGAAAUCAUUUCAACUGGGAAAGCAGUUGUCAUGCAAAUGGACAACAGGAGCUGGACCUCGCAUUGGUUGUGUGAGGGACUAUCCCACAGAGCUCCAGUUUCGAGCUUUGGAGCAUGUCAGCUUGUCCCCAAGAAGCGCAGCCCGUUUGAGAUCAUACUUCUCUCCUCGGAUCACUAGCGGUUUGAGUCCAAGGGUGCUGACGCCAACAGAAUGUGGCGGGGAGAUGGAAGCAAUCAUAAGCUCGCCGGCACUUGAGAGAUUGAAAAGCAUUCACCAUUCUAGAACUCAGUCCUCCCAACUUUUUACAGGAAGUAGAGCAAGCGCAAUUGCUAAUGUCUCCUGA